CUACCGCAGCUACUGGAGGGAGGUCAUCCUCACACACAUGUUGAAACUCUCCCCUCCCCCUCCUCCUCCUCCUCCUCCUCUUCCUCUCGCUCCAGCUGCUCUGAGUUCUCUGUCAAAGAGUUGAGUCAGGAAUCAGGUAUCAAGUGUGACGAUCUGGUCUCCACCAUGCAGUACUACGGCCUCCUCAAAUACUGGAAGGGAAAACACAUCGUCCUCAGGAGAAAGGAGCUGCUGGAUGAACAUGCCAAGAAGUUGGAGAGUCGCAAGGGAAGUCCUGCGACCCUUGACCCCUCCUGUCUGCAGUGGACUCCCAAAACCUAUCCCAUGUACACCUAGAGACUGCACCGACUAGAGCACACCUCAUGCAUAGCUACACGUUUUUGUACAUUA